UCCGGAUAGUUCAGAAAUCAGCUGCAAUCUCUAGAGGACUGUUCGUCGGGGACCCUCGUCUUCGUCCACCUACACCACGGUCUACCGAAGGUUUCCCAAGGAUCACCAUCAGCUGGGCAAUCACAUCUUUGCUUGCAAUAAAGGUUGACAAGAAGAUAUCAUCAAAGACAACCGGACUCUUUCCAAGGACGACAUACUACCCAUUAUUGCUGCUGUUUCUGCAUAAAAACAAAAUGGCUGACAAAAAAAAGAAGAAUGUUGGAGCGCUUUCAACUGAAACCGCAGCAGCCAAGCUGACGAACAAGAUGUCUUCGUUCUCCGUGUCUACAGGUACCUUGGGAAGAAGUGCUUUUUCUACUGAAAAAGCUAAUCUCUCUCAACCGCUGAUGAAACAACAGCAGCAGCCCGGAAAGUCUCUGCAGCAGCCCCGAAAGUCUCUGCAGCAACCACCAUCGCAACAAAAGCCGCUACAGCAACCAUCAGACAUAAAGAAGCGAAAGCCCCUUCAGCAGCUACAGCAGCAGCAACAGAUACCGCAGGGAAAACCGUCGCAGCAAGAUCAGCGAAGACCACCACCGCAGAAGAAACCGCAGCAGCAGCAUGAACCGCCCCGGAAAACACUGCAACCUCAAUUGCAUCAGAAAACUGUGCACAAUCAGCAACCACUAUCGCAGCGGAAAUCGCAGCAGCCGGAUAUGGUACCACCACGAGCACAGCGCAAUGAUGUGCUGAAUGAAUCAGCACGGCAGACUUUGGACUCCAUCAACAGAAGACUAGCAGCCGUCGAAGGAACGCAAUGCGGGAUCGGAGAGACGCUGAAGCAGCUUAAGGAUGUGACAAGUUCAAUCGAUGAGAGGCAGAAGAAGACGGAACGAAAAGUGACAGAGAUUUAUAACAUCCUAAAAAAUUUGAUGGCCGCGCAAUCUUCUGCAGCGAGAACUCGUCCAGAAUUUUUGCCAUUCAAAACAACGGCUGACAUUGUUGCCUUCGAUCAUCUCGAUGAUGAUCAGUUUGAUGCUCUUGUCCAUUACUUGAGAUACCUUGGAGGUGCGAAUGAAACUGACGCUGCUGCGAUUUAUUUCAAAGCCUGCUUCAAGUUUGGCGAGGAUUUGUUCCGGCAUGUGACUUGGCAUGGAUCCAAGUCUGACAACCAGAUUUUGGCGUUGAAAGAUACGCGUUUCGCUUUAGCUUGCACUGAGGCUAUGCCCAUCAUAAAGGAGAUCCUCAGGAAGCCGAACAAAGUAGAAAUUGCGACUGCGAUGACGAAGGCUUUGAAGAGCUCCAAGGAAGCCUAUCGUCGUGAACGCAAGAGAGUUGCACCACCGGCCGAACAAACGCCUCCCGUCAGGAGGCAACGCCAAAAUUAUCCGCCGCAGAACAACGCGGCGGAAAAUUCGGACGCCGAGAACGACGCACUCUUUGAGGGCGAACAGCAGCCGAACGAUAAAGACCAGCGCAUCGAGCCGUUCGGCGAUACACAGGUCAUCGAGGAAAUAGUAGGCGAAGAAGGUGAAAGAGUAGAAGAAGGAGAAACAGAAGGAGAAGGAGAAGAAGGUGAAGAAGUUGACGAAGAAGUAGCUGAAGAAGAAGAUGAAGACUACGAGCAAGAGGAAGAAGAAGGAGAACUGGAGGAGCAGAAAUCGUACGUGGGCGACUCCAAUUCACAGUCGAUCAACUUCAACCAGUUGGAUUUUGAAUUACCGGAGGAUGAGUUCCCGGAAUGAGCUAAGUCAACCGCUUAUUUAUUGAUGCAUUUAUUUAUUUAAUUCAUGUAAUUUCUUUGCAGCUUAGUAGAAAAAUAUAGAUCAGUUUUGCUCUUUGUUUUUAGUUUCUUCAAGUAGUUUCUUUUAAAUAAAUGAUCUGUAUUUUUUUAUCUAAACGCUCACUUACAUUUUCUUUUCAUUGGUAAUUUUCGUUUACUAUUAAUUUUUUCUUUUGUAUUAGUUUUUUAAUUGUUUGUAGUUAGUGUUAAAAAUGUAAGAGAGCGUUGGAGGGGCUAUUGACAGUGGUUGAGCCUCACAGAAGGGGGCGGCGGUGGGGCCCCCUUCACUCCCCCCCCCCCCAAAAAAAAAUUAAUGCAUUUUUUGCCCAAGGUAACUGUAACGAUGACAUGGUACAAGAGCGAUGACGACGACCUCAACAAAGCUUACUUGCGGUUCCCCAGCUACGGAAGUUUGCUCAUCAGGUCCUCUUAUUUUAUUUACUUUCAUUCUUUUUUUAUUCCAUCGAUAACUUUAUUAAUUGUUUUUAUCAUUUUCUCUUUUGGAGGUCAUCACUUUUUCCGGAUCAGCAACAGCAGCACGCAGAUGUAUUUAUGAAAAAGUAGCAGCCAUCAGUUGACUCACUCAAGAAACAAGAACUGUACUCAUAAUUUUAGCAAGAGGACUAGGAGCAUCAGCACCCGACAUCUGCAGAGAGCAACGAGGCUUUGCACAACAGCAGGAACAUCAAAUCAAAAAAGUUUAUGUCUAUAUGUUUUUUUAUUUUCAUUGUAUUUUGUAUUUACAUUGUAUUAUGUAUUUUCUCUAUUUUAUUUAUAUUCUAUUAAUAAAAUAAUUCAAAACAAA